CGGGGGCGCGCCCGAGCGCGCGGCCGUGCGGGGAUGUCGGGGUCGGAGUCGGGCGCGGGGCUGGAGCUGCUGUUCCGCUGGGCCUCCCCGGGCCUCGCCCGCCCGCACGACGCGCUGCUCUGCUUCGUCCACUGGGAGCUCGUCACCCACCGCUACCGCUGCCUCGGCGCCGGGGACCAGGCGGGUCCGGAAGAGGAGGAGUCGGAGCUGCUCCCCGCCGGGUGGAACGCCGACCCGGACCUCUUCACCCUACGCUACCGCCGGGCCGCGGACCACCGUGACCCCGCCGCCGCCCCCCGAGAGCUGCUCCUCAAGGCCGUCCCCGUCGAUGGCACCCUCAUCCUCAACGCCAUGGAGUGCAACUCCCAGCAAGUGGUGAGUUUGACCUUGAAUGUGGCUGAUUACGUCGAUGAGGAACACCUGCAGGAUUUCCACAGGGUCUACAAGGACCGCGAAGCUCUCCGGGCCCUGAUCGCCUCCGCCGUCGUCAGCCCCCUCCUCCUCUGCCCCCGGAGCAAGGCCGCCGACGACGACCGGGCCCCCCGCGCCGAUCCCGACCCCGACCCCCUGCGCGGUCGGCCCCCGCACCCGGACGCCCGCAGCCCGGCCCCCGGGCCCAACCCGCUGGACCCUUUUGCCGUGGGACGAGCCGACCUGGACCCCUUUGGCAGGGGUCACCUCGGCGGGAUGAUCAUGGACCCGCUGCGGUCCGGCUACCCGAGGCCCUUCUUCGACCCCUCCUCCGGCCUCCCCAACCGCCUCCCGCCCGGCGCCGUCCCCCCGGGAGCCCGCUUCGACCCGUUCGGGCCCAACGGAACCAGCGCUUCGGGGCCGACCCCCGACCACCUGCCGCCCCCCGGCUUCGACAACAUGUUCCUGUGAAGACCGAAGACCGCCAUCUUGGGCCUGGGGUGACCGGUGGGGGAAUGGGGACGGGGCUGGGGGGAGGGGACCGUGUGUGGGGGGUCUCCCCCCCGAUCCUUCCCCUCCCCCCCGGCCACCCUCAGGACGCAGAAGAUUUCGGGUGUUCGGACGGAGGAGAAGGCGCGGACACAAUACAAACGGACGUCACCGGCC